UUGUUGGUUUGUCGACUGUAAACGUGCUGUAAACUCAUGAAUGAACUGUUUUAAAAUUUGUACAAAGAAUUGUUACAAUUGCUAAAAAGUGAUUACCAAUAAAUUUAAUUACCAAAAAUUAAUAUGGAGGACAUAAAGACUGAACACAUUGUGAUGACACCCAAGUGCAAAACAACCGAAUCAACAACUUUGAUUAUUGAAAGAAAAGCAAUUGAUCCACCACAACAAGAAAAAAAUGGGAGCAACGUUCACAUUGCAGGGGGAGAUCAUAAAGGAAUAGUCAUUAACAAGCAAGCUAAUGCUGUGGCAAGCGGAGUAUCUGAUCCCGCACAAUUAUGUCUGGAAUUCAGAGUCUUCCUUGUAAGUGCGCAGACAGGAAAACACACUCAAGAAUCAAGAACAUUGCAGUUUUGGUUUGCAGAAUCACUAUCUAAUGCAGAUGAACCAAGCAUUGCUCAAGAGUUCUUUCGGGAAUUAGUCAGUCCACAAGAGUUUCCGAGAGAUUACGUGGGUUUUAUAAUGAAAAUAAUCAAGUUAAUGCAGCACAAAUAUACCACUAUCAAGAAGCUUGAGGUUGAACUACGCCAAUUACAAGAACCUAUUGACCUGCCAACAAGACCGUUAUCUGCAGAUGACACAGCUACUGGUCAAGUAGUAGAACUUACUUUGGUCAAGGUGUUGGAACUCAUCGAAUCAGCCUAUCCAAAUCCAGUUACUAUUAGUGACAUGGCUCAAGAAUAUGGUUGGGAAAAGGCGGCAGUUGAAGUAAUUUUGCAAGAACUACAAACUAAAGGACUUGUCAAAGCUAUGGAUCAUGGAGCAUUUACUAGAAUUGUGCAUCAAGAUACCCAAAUUCAGGUCGUCAAGCAAAUGCCCACAAUGACCACAUCUAAACAGCCAACAAUAGCGAUCAUCACUGCUCAGUACUGUGAGAAACUGGCAGUUGACGCAUUAAUUGAAAAUAAAGAAACUUACGUUCGUUACACAACAGUUGGUACAGGGAGUUCACCAAACACCUCUGAUGGAUUACGAAGAGUCACGUGUCGGUUUGGAGAAUCGAAUGUCUAUACCUUAGGCAAUAUGGGUGCUCAUAGAAUUGUAUGCACAAAGUUGCCUACUGUGGGCCACACCAGAGAGGCUAUGACUGCAGCUGGGAACACUACUACCAGAUUACUUGGAACAUUCCAAAAAGUGGACUUUGUUUUCCUAGUUGGGGUUGGUGGAGGUGUUCCCCAUUAUACUGAUUAUAACAGGCAUGUUAGAUUGGGCGAUGUAGUCGUUUCCCAUUCAACUCCACUUAACAAAAAAUAUGUCUACGUCUACUGUGAAAGUGCAAAACUCCAUGAGAAUGGAAGUUACUUGUUUGAAACUAAAGAAUAUUGCCCACAAAAUUUAGGGCUACAGGAUAUUGCAGCAAAUUUGAAAUCGCAAGCCGAAAGUGGGACAACCCCUCCAUGGGACACAUAUCUGAAGUCAGGUAUAGACGCUUUGAGCACCCAGUCCGAACAUGCUUUCAAACAACCGGCGCCAGAAUCAGAUAAACUAUACAUGGCCAUUGGUGAUAGAGAUGUUAUUGAGGUAGCCCAUCCAGUUGCUCCACAAGGAACAACAAAUAAGCGAUUGGAUGGCUACCCACGAAUACAUCUUGCUCCGGUAGCGUCGGGUCGUCAAAUUGCUCGCGAUGAUCAACUCCGACAGAAGUUUGCUUCGAAGUUUGGAGUGCUUGCAUUUGAUGCAGAAAUGGAUGCAGUUGUAGAGAGUGUCCUUGGCAAUUGUCGCGAAAGCUUUGCUGUUGUUCGGGGUGUUUCUGAUUAUAAAGAUGGAACUCGGGCUAAAGAAUGGCAACCGUAUGCCUCAUUAGCAGCAGCAAGCGUAGUCAAAGCUGUGAUUUGUGCCAUGGAUCCACCAACCAAUGUUUAAAAAGUUGUUAAUGGUUAGAAAAUUGCUACUUUUCUGAGCCUCGACAAAGCUUUGGGUAUUUUUCCUUCCAAACUUUCAUUCAUAGUAAGUCUUUCCGAUAUAGUGAUUAUUAUACCAUCUAAUACCAACAUAUUCUUUUCCACCAGUGUUAUAGUGUUGCAUAAUAUGGAAGAAAUGAUAUUUCAGAACAAUAAGUAGAAAAAGGGUUUUGGAUUCAAAUUUUACAAUAUUUGCAUAGUUUAAAUUAUCUUGUGCAUCCCAGUGUGACCACUUUGAACCCUAUGGCGGAGGCCAGACGCAAUUGGCAAUAUUGUACAAUGUACAGUAUUGUUCAGUUUUAAAACUAUAUACAUGAUUCUACCAGUAGAUUUUAAUGAACUGGCCAAUAUCUUACCAAUUUAGGAUUGGUAUCAUAGUGACGUGCGACUAUCCAAAAAUAAUAAUUCACUGGAAUUAUAUCUUUGACCAUUUCGAGAUUAGAUGGUAUGCAAAGAAGCUAGUUGAUUGAAUUCUAAGUAUACCGAAAUCGAUAUCAAAAGGUCUUCUUAAGCCAACGCUAUUCUGGGGUCAGGCUGAACAUCUUACACAACCUAACUUCUUUGGUUGGCUUGAUUAAAGAUACAACCAAUAUUUCCCCCAGAGAAACACACUGAGGGAAGAUUUUACUUGUUUGAAUAUUACUCAACAUAUGAUUACAUAGAAGAAAUAGAACGAUAUCUAGUAUAAAUAUGGGUUGGUAUAAAUCAGCCUACAGCCAAGUCAUUGUUAAAAUAGUCGAUACUAUAGAUGUUUAUUAGAAUGUUUUAACUUAUUGUAAAUUAAAUUUAACGGCACACCUUGGGACGCUGAUAUUUCUGACUGUAAAAACACAAACUCAUAUUAUAUCUUCAUUAUAUUCUUCAAUGUCAAACCCUGCAGUCAAGGUACACGUCUAUGUGUUCAGAAUAUAUCCACAUCGAUAAAUUAAUCAAUUCUGCUCGGUAAAAAUUUAUUCUGAGAUGUGUGAAAUGUUUCAAACUGAUUCAAACGUUAAACUAGAGUUAGUGUGCUUCGAAUUCCAUUGCGUUGAAAGACUUUCGACACACUGAGAUGAAACAGACAUUAUACAUAUGAAAUUUUGUCUACUAACAUAGGUGGCUUGCAUGUCUGGCAUACGAAUUUUUUAAAUUUUACAACGUAAUUAAUAGCAUACCUCCUAUUAAAUUUACCCAACAAUUACGAACCAAUGUAAAAUAAAUUAUAGUUGUUACAAACGACCACAAUAGUA